CAGAUUACGGGCGGAACUGUCGCCCCUAUUUACGGGCAAGCGCAAUGCCUCCAAAUAUGCCUGGGCCGUGGUCGAACGGGAGCUCAAUGUGCCGCUGCCUCUGUCGAAGAUCAUCAAGAAAUGGAACAAUCUGCUGCAGGAGUACAAGGCAAUCAAAAUGUCGGAGGAGCCCAAGCGGCGCGAGUGGCCCUUCUUCACCCUGAUGGAUGUCUACUUCAGCGACCAGGUGAACGAUCCCUCGCUGCGUCUCUUCUCGUCCACCAAGACCCUGAAGGAGACACUCGACGACAGCGUCUUCGAGGAUGAUCCAAUCAUCGCCUCGGCCAUUGCCGCGGCCACCAGCGGUGCCUACAUGGACAUCGAUGAGCUGAUCAGGCGGCAGAAGGAGCGUGCCGCCCAGGCUGCCGAACGGAAACUGGCGGCAGCUGCCAGCGGAGCCGCCGGCGACUACAAAUACGAGCUGAAGCCGAUGCUGCCGAACAGCAAGUUCAACAGCAACAGCGAGAUGGUGAAGCUGUCCAAGAGCGUCGACGAUCUGUCCAUGCAGCAGUACAAGAUCAAGCAGGAGCUGAUGCGCCAGCGCGAACAGGAGCAGCAGGAGAACAUGGUCAAGAUCAAGCAGCAUGCACGUCAGCAGCAGCAGCAACAGCAGCAGCAGCAGGCACAGCAGCAGCACCAUCAGGCCCAGCAGCAGGCACAGCAGCAGCGAUUCAUGAGCCACCAGCCGGCCUUGUCGCCGCAUCCACACCGCAUGUCGUCCUCGUCGACGCCACCAGGUCUGCAGCAUGCCCUGCAACAGCAGCAGCAGCACUUGCUGCAACAGCAACAUCUGCAGCAUCAGCUGCAGCAGCAGCAGCAACAGCAUCAGCAACAGCAGCAACAGCAGCAGCAGCAGCAGCAGCAUCACCAUCAGCUCGCUCAUCCCCAUCAAACGUCCACGCCGCGUCCCAGCUCGCCGCCCACCACGGCGCAGCAGAUUCACAUUACGGCCACACAGCAUCAGGCUGCACAGCAGCAGCUCCACCAGCAGCACCAGCAGCAGCACCAGCACCAGCAGACGCACAAGCAGCAGCAACAGCAGCAGCCGUACACAGAUCCCAACACCAUCGACCAGUAUCUGCUGUCGUGGAACAACUUCCAUGGCAACAUGUGCCGCGGCUUCCACUCCCUGCAGAAGGACGAGAAAAUGGUGGAUGUGACCAUUGCAGCCGGCGGCAAGAUAUUCAAGGCCCACAAACUGGUUCUGUCCGUUUGCAGUCCGUACUUCCAGCAAAUCUUCCUGGAGAAUCCAUCGAGUCAUCCCAUUCUGCUGAUGGCCGACGUGGAGGCCAGUCAUAUGGCUGGACUGCUCGACUUUAUGUACAGCGGCCAGGUGAACGUUAAAUACGAGGAUCUGCCGGUGUUCCUCAAGGUGGCCGAGGCCAUGAAGAUCAAGGGUCUGCACACAGAGAAGAACCUGGACAGCGAUGCCAGUGACAUUAGUUCGCCGCAUGAGAGCGACGGCACCGAGUGCCGGUAUGAGCGGGGCACACACAGCGUCAAUAUAACCAGCGGCCAUGCUGCUGGCUAUGGCGGACAGCCGCAGCAUCAGUCGUCGUCGUCGUCGCCGUCACCGUCCCUCAAUGGCCCCAACCGCUGCCCCACACCACUGUCCAGCGGCGGCGGUGGGGGAGGUGGUGCAGCCAGCUAUGCCGGCUUCCGGGAGCACAUCAAAUCGAAGGCAACGCUGGCGGAGACCUUCAUCAAGAAUCUCAAUCGCAACAACAACAACAACAGCGGCAGCAGCAACUUCAACAGCCUGGGAGGCGGCAGCGGCAACAGCAGCAACGGGGGCAGCAUCAAUCUGACGGAAUCCGAGGGCAACUCCUUUGCCAUCCUGCAGGCGAACAGCAAGAAGAUGCUGGACUCGGCCCGCAAGCAGCACAAGUAUCUGGCCAAGCGCAAGAUUCUGAUGCACUACAGCACGGAGCUGGGUGGGGAGAAGCGACUGAAGGAGAUGGAGCGGGAGCGGUAUCCGAGUGCCGAGCAGCAUGACGAUGCGCUCAACAAUAAUCACAGCCACGCCCACGCCCACGCCCACAGCCAGCAGGACAGCAGCAACAUUAUGGAGCCCAUUACGACAAUCGUGCCACAGACACCGCCGCCAGCCACGCACAACAAUAGUUUCAAGAUACGCCUCGUGGAGAGUCAUCAUUUGACCAACAGUGGCAGCAACAACAACAGCAACAACAACAACAACAACACCAGCAGUGGCAGUGGCAGCAACAACUGCCACAAUAAUAAUGAUGAUGAUGAUGAUGAAGAAGCCUUGAAUCUCGUACAAAUCCCGAAUGCAAAUGGCAGCCGGGCCCGCCCACAAACCCCCACAACACGCUCAACGCCCACACCCACAGCAACAGCAACACCCAUACCAACGCCCACACACACGCCCACGCCGGACAUACAGCUGAUAAAACGCGAAGUGGAGCACGACCUAUCGGGCGAGGCCACCCAGAACAAUGGCCAUGACGAGGAGCUCUCCGGCUAUGAGCGCAAGUACGACGACAACAACAACAGCCGCGCUAUGAACAUGGAAACGGAUUCGAACAACAACAACAGCAGCAGCGGCGGCAGCAACAACAAUGGCAUAGCUUUGGCUCUGGGCAAGCACAAGCUGCUCAGUGCGAUCAAUCGUAGCCUGGAACUGGAGCAGCAGCAACAGCAGCAGCAGCAACAUGCGGAGGAGCAGGAAGCGGAACAUCACAAGAAGAACAGCAACAGCAACAGCCAUGGGGAGCACGACAACGAUGACAACAACAACAACAAUCAUAGCCAGCAUCUGGACCUGAGCACCAUCAAGAACAUAGCCACCGCUGAGAUUUUAUGUGGUCUGAAGAGCAAGGUCCUCAAACUGGAGGAGGAGCAGCGCGAGCGGGAAAGGGAACGUGAACGGGAGCGAGAGCGUGAAGCCUGCCGCAAUCUCAGCUCAGAGAUCAAAAAUGCUGAAUGA